CCGUGGUCCAGUCUAGUAUCAUAUGCACAUUUGUAGGGGCUGAUUAUCAUUGCAUAUGUUCGUAAAUUUUUUUUUAAUCAUAUGCACCAAGUUGCGCACCCCAUUUAGUUUAAUAAUGGAAUAAAAUUUAGUGAUUACCAACUACUUUCCUUUUAUAUACAACUUGCGAGUCCACACCAUUUUUUCCUGCAACAAGUAGUAUUCAUCUUCUUUUAAACACCUCUAUCCAGCUCUCUCUCUUUCAAACACUCACACGAGCAUUAUGGGUGAUCAUGUGCCAGAAAGAGAUGAUCAACAAAUGCUUCCAAAGCUUCCUUCAUUAGCGAAACAAAACAACUCCGAGUGCGUAGAGCUUUUAUCAAAGUCUUCGGAGGUCGAAUUACGUCCAACAAUAAAGGCUCUAAAACUUAAUGAGCCUGUGGCCUCGUCUUCCCGUGUAUAGAGGAAUCCGUAGCCGGAGCGGUAAAUGGGUUGCGGAAAUACGAGAGCCUCGUAAGACGACACGGAUAUGGCUGGGCACGUAUCCAACGCCAGAAAUGGCAGCUGCAGCAUAUGAUGCAGCUUCCUUGGUGCUCAAAGGCCCUGAGACUGCCCUAAAUUUCCCUCAUCACAAGUAUAAUAAUAACUUGCUUCUGGUUCCAGUUCAGCCUACCACAGCUGCGGGGGUACGUGAGGCGGCGGCCAAUGCGGCUGCUUCUUUGGCAGUUGCAUCAGAAAGUACUGUGGCCUUGCCAGCAUCUCAGCUGGCACGGCAUGGCGAUUGUGAUGUCAAUGACAAUACAAGUGAUAAUCUGGUGGAAAUGAGGGAAGAAUAUCAGGACGACGAGGAGCUUUUUUAUAUGCCAAAUUUGCUGAUGGCCAUGGCGGAGGGAAUGCUUAUAAGCCCUCCUAGGAUCACAAUCUCCCCUCCACCUUCGGAUAAUUCUGAUUGUCUAUGGAGCUAUAGUCUUUAAUCAAUUUCGUACCUGAAGAUCUAUGCCAAGCUAACACUACAACUAACAAUUUAAUUAAAUGCGACUGUGUAGGUUUUGAUCCUUAUUUCUGACCAAUUAUAAUGGUUAAUAUAUAUAAUUUCCAACGAUAAUAGCAUUCAAUCA